AUGAUAUCCCGGGCAAACCGCAUCGCCCACGCCGUCACAUCGCAGUUCAAUGAGCUGCCCGCCAAGCGGAAGCCCUCGGUGCGCGACAAUGGCGUGCACGAAUGGGUUCCCCUGAGCGGCAUCGUCGCCGAGGAGGACGGCUGUAUCACCUGUCUGGCUCUGGCGACCGGCAUGAAGUGUCUCCCCGCGUCAAAGCUCCCCGAGGCCAACGGCAAUGGCCUCCAUGACUGGCACGCCGAGGUCCUGGCCCUCAGGGCCUUUAACCGCCUCCUUCUGGACCAGUGCAAGACCCUGGCCGAGGGCUGCGUCCCAACCGCCCAGGUAAUGGAGUGGGCGCGGCAAGGGGCCCCAGGCGAGGGACAUGCUCCGCCAUCGAGGCCGUUUCGCAUCAGAGAGGGCGUCAGGCUGCACAUGUACUGCUCCGAAGCGCCAUGCGGAGACGCGAGCAUGGAACUCACCAUGGCUGCCCAAGACGAUGCUUCCCCGUGGGAACCCCCGACGGCGGCUACCACCCCGUCCACGGCCGCCGCUGCCGCAGAACCCUCCCUCCCCGGCCGGGCCUACUUCUCCCGCCUGGGUAUCGUCCGCCGCAAACCCUCCCGCGCCGACGCGCCCCCCACAGCCUCCAAGUCCUGCUCGGACAAGCUCGCCCUCAAGCAGUGCACCUCGCUCCUCUCCUCCCAGACAUCGCUCCUCGUCGACCUGUGCUACCUCGACUCCCUCGUCCUGCCCGCGUCGCAGUACUCGGCCACGGCUUGUCACAGGGCCUUUUCUCCGGACGGCCGCAUGGCAGCAGCCUUGGCCGCCGCCGCCACCUGGUCCGGGGACUACGCCUUUCGCCCCUUUGUCGUCGAGAUGACGGACCACGUGUUUGACUCGUCGCGCGAGGCCGUUCGCGCCCGUGCUGGCGACAGCAUCUCGGCUUGUAACAUUGCCGCUGCCUGGUCGGCUGCGGGCGUUGAGGAAUCCGUCAUCGGCGGCGUGCUUCAGGGCAGGAAGCCCUUUCACGAAAAGGGGGCCAGCCGCAUGUCGAGGAGGCAGAUGUGGAGGGCGGCCUCGGAGCUUGCGGACCUACUGGAUGGGCACGGUGAGAUCAGGGACCAGCUAAACCGGCAGAGAUACUGGGAAGUCAAGACCGGACAGCUGCUGGCGGACAGAAGGGCAGUCAAGGCCGCAGUUCGCCAGACAGCCCUGGCCGGUUGGAGUGCCAGCAAAGAGGACACUGAAUUCGGGAAAGACGUCGCCGACUGA